AAUUUUUCGAAUUCACUCGCGAUUCAGACAAUUUUUGUGUGCAUUAUUAAAAAAAUGGGUUAUGAAAUGUUUGAAAAUACUGUCGAAAAGUUUGGAAAAAAUGUUGGCUUAAUUCAUGUUUCGAUUAGUUCUGUGCUGACUAUUGUGUUUUUAAUCAGCAUACCAUUGCAUAUAGCUUUUAAUUACGAUGAUUUGGAUAUAUGGGAUGAAUUUGUGACCGUUGUUGCUCUUAUUUUAGAGACCCUCGUGUCAUUGCUCUAUGUAAUCUUCUCAUGCCAGUUCCUGAGGGCAAUUCGAGAGCGAGAACCAAAGUUAGCCAAAAUAUUUGUUGCAGUUCUGUGCAUCGUGUCCGCAAACUACUUUAUAGCCUUCAUUUACAUACCUGAUGAUAGAAUGAAUGUGACUGUUAUUGACUCAAAUGACUUAAAGCUAAGCAUUAUUCUUGUUGCUGCUUUGCUUCUUUGCUUUCAAAUCUUUAGCAUAACUGUGGCUUAUUUGGUGUAUGAGGGACUUAAGAGGGAGUCAAAGGAUGAAACUCAAAGCACUGUGUAGUUUAAUUAUUGAAAUUUAAAACGACGAAUCGAUUUAUUUUAUUACGAAUUAAAACAAAAUAAUUUAAAGACAUUAUGUGAAGUGAAUUAAGAUGGUUUUAAUAUGAUACUAAACAAAUAAACUGAACAAUUUAAAAAAAA